UAAUGUAUUGCAUAAUUUUAGAUAGCUGACCUUCUUUAAAUAUAUGUAAUGUACUUACAAUACAGGUAUCUACCUAAACCCCUUAGCUUUUUAUUAAUAUCCAAUAAGGGUGCACUGGUUAAGAAAGCUUUCCGCUCAUCCUUACUAAUAUCCUUAAUAAUUCCUCUUUCGCCCGGGACGUUGGAUAGAACGGACGUGUGUCGUACGACCAGUUUGCAGCUCCCCUCACCACCUCGAGUAAAGAGCACCGUUAAUCAUAAUUGCUGUCCCACUCCUGCACUGUUUUGAUCGUGGUCGCGUCAUUUGACGUCACUGCUACUACAUUUACCACCGAUUGCUGGAUUGCUGUGCCAAAAUGAUCCGUACACCUGAUAAAUACGGCUCAACACCCGAUGUCUCAACUGUAAGUGAUAAAGCCUCAUCACCGACUGCAGUUGGAAAUAACUCCAUGCGUUUUAAAAGGAAACGACCCCCCGAAUUAACAGAUAUCCAGUUAGAAGAUAUAAAGAAGGAAAUAAAAAAGCAGAUAGAGGAGUCACUAAAAUUGUUUACCGACUCGCAGAUCAGUCAAACAAACACGGUUAUAAACUCGCUGAAAGAAGUACAGCAAAUAAUAAAUAAUGUUCAAUGCACCAUCUCAUAUUUAAGCGAAGAAAACUCAAACUUGAAGAAAAAAAUUGAACAAUUGGAGGCACAAGCUAAAUUAGAUGCAGAACAAAGAAUGGUAUUAGAAAACAAGAUGGAGGAAAAACAGAUAUGUGAUAGAAAAUCCAAUAUAGAAAUAAAAAAUUUGCCGUUGAAAGGGGGUGAAACAAAAAAGGAUUUAUAUAACAUGAUGUCCAAAUUGUCUGAAAAUAUUGGCGUAACUAUAGAAAAAUAG